AUGCAAUUCAAGAACGUUGUUGCCACUUUCGCUGCCGUUGCCGCUGUCCAAGCCGCUAACACCUCCAACACCUCCAACUCCUCUAACACCACCAACAACACUAACGGUACUUCUUCCGUUUCUACUGGUGCUGCUGCUUCCAACGCUUUGGGUGCUGGUGUCUUCGGUGCUGCCGUCGCCGCCGGUUUCGCUUUCUUGUUUUAA